AUGGGGGCUGGAAGCAGCAGAUUUGUUGACAUUGCUUCCAGCUUCUGCGUGAGUCGAGGAAAAUAUCAUCUUCCAGAUAUCGAUUUAAAGCUGGCGAGCGAGUCGAGUAGGAAAACAACUUUGGUUUCUUUGGAGCACCUGAAUGUGAAUGUUCCGGAAUGGAAUUCGGAAAACGACUGUUUCUGGUUCAAAGCUAUGGGCCUCGUGCCCGAUUCUCGAGCACAGGGUGUUUGCCACAACGUGCAGUCAGCCGGAGGUUCCCUGCAGGGGCUUGUUUGGGCCAACGCUGGCCUGCAGCAGAUACAUAUGCCAAUUGGAGAGCCGCCUCCAAUGGAUUCCCAGAAGCCACCAGGCGUCGUAGGCCUUGCCUAUUCGGACAUUAUGGGCUUGCGAGCCACGUUGAGAGGGGCUGGCGUCAACUUUUCAGUGGUCCCACUUAAGGACCACAUGAGUAAUCUUCCCGGCGUUGGACCCGUUGCACUGCAGUGCACAAGUCCGACAGGGGUGAAAAUAUAUGCCCAUGGCAUUCGUGCGGAAAGCUGGCUGACCCCUCGUGGCUGGUUGGAUUGUGAGGCUGCCAGGAAGCAGAAGCUCGGCCUUCCCAGUGAGGAGGCUUCCCAAUGUAUGGGUAUGCCUUACAUCCGGCUUCAGUGUCCGGCAGGCAGCAGCUCGGGCCUAGCGAGGUUUUAUCGGCAUGUCUUCGCCACCGAGUCUGAGUUCCGCAAAGGGUCGGAAGGAGAGGAGUGCUGGGUGCCUAUAGGAGCAGGACAAUGGCUGGUGUACCAAGAAGUCGCUGGAGAAGUGCCUUAUGACGGGUACCACAUUGCCAUAUAUGUAAAUUGCUUCGUGACCGCCUACAGAGCAGCGAAAGCUCUUGGACUUGUGUGGAACAACCCUCGGUUUCCGAACCUAACAUAUGACUCCGAGGAAGAUGCUGUUCGACAUCAUGAGUUUCGAAUCUUGAAGCUUGUGGAUCCUCAGUCUUCUGAGGUGCUCUGCGAAGUUGAACAUGAAAUACGCGCACUUUCGCACGGCGGAUUUUGUGCGAAGGCGUGGUUGGAACAGGAGUCUGAAGAUUCGAAGAUCUAG